UUUAUACUUUUGUCAGUGCUGGUAAUUUAUUGUUAAGAAAUUUUUUCGGAACGUUUUUGGUCUAAAAUAUGAAUCACAAUUAUUAAUUAAUAACAAUUAAUCAAGUUGAAUUGGCUAUCGAUUAGAUAAGAGACAAUGGUGAUGUUUUAUUAAUUGGAUUCUUCAAUUUUAUUAUUUGUAUCGAAAUUUACUAUGAACACUUAACUACGAAUUGUGUUACAAGAUUGAAAAACAACAAUGUCGGGACAACAAAGGAGGCAAGAUGUCGAACAAGGAACAAUUCCAUUACGGAAUCGUGAUGCAUAUUGGCGAACUGUUUUUGAUAAAUAUGAUCGAGAUCACGAUGGAAAAAUAUCCUACGAUGAAUUGCGUGCACUGGUGGAGAGUCGUGAAUACGAGAACGAAAUACCUGAACAUGUUGUGCAAAAAAUCAUGACUUUCGCCGAUCAAGAUGGAUCUGGAUAUCUAGAUUUUCGUGAAUUCCUAGAUAUGAUCCAUCAUCCACAAUUACAAUCAGUAUUUGGCCAUUUAGUACAACGAUACGUAAAUUCUAUGAUACCUGGACGACGUCCACCCGUUUCAACUCGACCUGUAGAUCAUGUAGACGGUUUAUACGAAGAAGAAUACUCAUGUUGGCCCCCACCGAUUUGUAUGGUUUUAAUAUCAUUAAUUGAAAUUGCCCUGUUUAUGUAUGAUAGUUUGGAUCAAGGCGCAAAUGUAACGGGAAAAGUGGCAAAUAUGUUAAUUUAUAAUCCAUAUCGAAGAUUCGAAGCAUGGCGUUAUUUUACAUACAUGUUUGUUCAUAUUGGACCGUUUCAUUUAGUCGUAAAUUUGUUGGUGCAAUUGUUAUUGGGCGUGCCAUUGGAAAUGGUACAUAAAUGGUGGCGUGUUAUGCUCAUUUAUUUAGCUGGAGUUGCUGCUGGAUCAUUGGGUACAUCGGUCACUGAUCCAACAGUCUUUUUAGCUGGUGCUAGUGGAGGAGUUUAUGCUUUAGUCACUGCGCAUAUUGCUACAAUAAUAAUGAAUUGGGCCCAAAUGGAAUUUGCAAUAUAUCAAUUACUCAUAUUUUUAAUAAUUACAAUUAGUGAUUUGGGUACAGCAAUUUAUAAUCGUUAUAUAAUUUCCAAGGAUGAAAGUAUUGGCUAUACAGCUCACUUAUGUGGAGCAAUCGCCGGAUUAUUAGUUGGUAUAAAUGUAUUACGUAAUUUGGAAGUACGAAGUUGGGAGAAGAAAUUAUGGUGGAUAUGUUUAAUAUUAUAUGUGGGAUGUAUGGCUGCCUUAAUCAUAUGGAAUGUUGCGUUCCCCAAUUAUUUCCCUCCAUCCAGACCUGGUUCAUCGUUUUAAUACUUAUACAUCACAUACCUACCUGCAUGCACAAACGCGCAAAAUAUGGUGCCUUUUUAUCGAAAGCCGUUUUAUAUUACUCAAGAGAAUUUUUUGGUCCUCUUUGCGGGCUUCUAUUAUGGCCUUAAUUUUGUUUACAUAAAGACAUUUUUAUUUAUUUAUUAUUAUAU